AUGCAAGAUUUACCACCAAUUGGAGGGUAUGACCCAAUUCAAUGGAAAAGAAAUUUACCAACAAGAGGAUUUAGCGGCACAACAUAUUUCUGGGGAAUAUUCGCAAUAAUGUCAUUUGGUUUUUAUAGAUACUACAAAGGAGUUUCAGAACAAAGAGAAUUAACUAGAGAGAAAAAAUGGGCAAGAUUUUAUUUAGAACCAUUGUUGGUUGCUGAAGAUGAUAGAAAUUUAAGUAGACGUUAUUUUGCUGAAUUGGAAAGAAAGAAAUUAAUUAGAGAAAGUAUUGAAAAUCCUGAAAUUAAAACUAAAGUUGAUGAACCUAUUUAUCAUGAUGAUAGUAAAUUUAGAUUUCCAAGAUAUGGUAUUUAG